UUAUUAAAUCAAGAUAUGAUCUGGAAGGAGAGGAAUGCCAUGUAUCCUAUGGCAAGAUCAGGUCUCUCAGUCUGUGGAUGAAGUUUGUGGCACCAUCCAGGAGCAGGCGCGGCUUUGGCAGGAAGUUGGCGCACACCGAUUUGAGGAGCUCUGGCCUGUUUAGCCUUUUGGCUGAUUAGUAGUGGUGUUCUUAACAUGUCAGGUUCUCCAGGUUCAGAGCACAUUGGAUGGGGCUCUACUCAUUAGAGGUUACACGUGUCACGUUUUUAAAGUCUCACAGAGUUUACACGUCAAACAUCAGGUUCGAUAUGAAUUUUAGUAGCCUUAAAAUUUGUUGGUAGCCCACUUCACCUUCCUACACAUAAAUUAACCAAACUUUGCACCAAGAGACUCCAUUUCUUUCUCAAAUCAGCAUGGAGCAAUGGAAGGGAUAACCUCAAAAAUUCAGCAAGUGAAUUUCGCAGGUCGUUUAGGAGUGUGCUAUUCCAUCAUGAGGCACAAGGAGUCAUGCCAUUUUUUUCUCUUUUCCAUUUUUCUUUUCUUUUUAUCUAAUCUUUGGAGUAGUUUAUUAUAUUUUUAUUCCUUGGAAAGAGUAACAAAAUUUUGCAAUAGUUUUAUAUAUUUUAAUUUCUACAUACAUAUUCAACAUUUUUUUAGAAAAAUGAUCCAUUCAAUAAAAGAGUGUUCCAUCUUUAUAAGAAAAUUGUUUCAGUUUAAAUCAUGAAUAUUCCAGCGUAAAUAUAUUAGUAUGUUUUAGAAACAUAAGCAUUUGUUUUCUACUAAGUAUAGGUAAAAAUUGUUUUAGAAAAAAUUCAACAUAAGCAUUUGUUUUAGAAAAUUGUUUCACAAGAAAAAUGUUUUAGCUUCGAUAAUUAAUGAUCCAAGUAAAUUAAAUUAAGUUGAAAUUUAUGUUCUAAAAGCACUUACAAAAUUUUAACAUAAAUCUGAACUUGUGUAUAGGGAAAAAGAAAUGAGAAGUCUUAGUACUUUAGUAGAGAGUACAUUAGGCCAACUAAAAUAGUUCAGGGAGUAAAAUAAACUUAGAUUUUGUUUGGGAUUAAGCAGAGAAAGUGGAUUGUUCAAAAAAAUGAAUACUCUAGGGUAAAUAAUAUGUUUGAGAAACAUAAAGUAUUUGUUUUCUACAAAGUACAUACUCUAGCUUGACAAGAAAAAUGUUUCAGCUUCAAUAAUUAAUGAUCCAUCUUAAAUAAAUUGUCGUUGAAAUUUAUGUAUUCAAAGCACUUAAAAAAUUUCAACAUAAAUCUGAACCUGUAUAUAGAGAAACAAAAAUGACAAGUCUUUGUAUAGAGUAUAUUAGAACAACUAAAAUAGUUUAGGGAGUAAAAUAAACUUAGAUUUUGUUUGGGGUUAAGCGGAGAAAGUGGAUUAUUCAAGUAAAGUCAACUUUGAAAAAGCAUAAAUAGUUAUUUCAGUGCUUUGGCACCUCCAACGUUAGAUUUGGUAUGAAUCUACACCAGACUUUGUUCCUACGAGGUUGCUUCCCCCUCCCAACCAUUAUGCCAAACUUGGAAUCAGGAAGCUCCAUUUCUUGCAGAAUUCAGCAUGGAAUUUGAAUCUGAACCUUAGGCCUCAAAAUGAACCAAAGUAAGGCAUCAAUGGAUGGCCUACUUGGUGCUAUUUGUACGAGCUAUCCCAAGCCAAGUCGAUCAAAUUCAUCGACGCCACACAAGGAACGAGGGACGUUCUGAAAGUUCAUCAUCAUGCUACCUAACUCUGUCCUUCAGAGGCUGGCGAGCUGGUGCCCGUGGCUGCUCAGAGAUGAGCCGAAGCGGAAGCAGCCUGUCAAGGUUCUCGUCACCGGCGCCGCGGGGCAGAUCGGGUACGCCAUUGUCCCCAUGAUCGCGAGGGGCCUGAUGCUCGGGCCGGAUCAGCCGGUGGUGCUCCACAUGCUUGCGCCCAUGGCGGACGCCCUGAACGGCGUCAGGAUGGAACUGGUCGAUGCCGCCCUGCCUCUUCUCAGAGGUGUCGUGGCGACGACCGACGAGGCCGAAGCGUUCCAGGGCGUCAACUUCGCCGUCCUGAUCGGCGGAUGGCCGAGGAAAGAAGGCAUGGAGAGGAAGGACCUGAUCGCCAAGAACGUCGCCAUCUACAGGUCUCAGGCCUCGGCGCUGCAGCAGCAUGCCGCACCAAACUGCAAGGUUCUGGUGGUGGCCAACCCUGCGAACACGAACGCGCUCGUGCUGAAGGAGUUCGCGCCGGCGGUGGCCGCCAGGAACAUCACCUGCCUGACGCGGCUCGACCACAACCGCGCCCUGGGCCAGAUCGCCGAGAAGCUGGGCGUGCACGUCGGCGACGUCAGGAACGCCGUCGUGUGGGGGAACCACUCCUCCACGCAGUUCCCCGACGCCAGCCACGCCACGGCCAGGGCCGAGCAAUGGGAGAAGCCCGUCAGGGAGCUCGUCGCCGACGAGAAAUGGUUGAGGGAGGAGUUCGUCGUCACCGUGCAGCAGCGCGGCGCGGCGGUGAUCAAGGCGCGAAAGCAGUCGAGCUCGCUGUCCGCCGCCAGCGCGGCCUGCGACCACAUGAGAGACUGGAUCCUCGGCACGCCAAAGGGUACGUGGGUGUCCAUGGGCGUGUACUCUGACGGGAGCUAUGGCGUCCCAGAGGGCAUCUUCUACUCCUUCCCGGUGACGUGCGAGAAGGGAGAGUGGUCUAUCGUGCAGGGCCUUCAGGUUGAUGACUUUGCGCGAUCCAAGAUGGAGCUUUCGGCGGACGAACUCGAUGAAGAGAGGUCAAUGGCGUACGAGUUUGUCAGCACUUAAAAAUAGAAGAGUAGAUCAAUUGUGUAUACAGAAAAAGAAUGUAAACGAAAAUGGUCCGUAGCUUUAGAUCAUUCAUAACCACCAUCAAUAAAACAGAGAACAACGAAAUGUUGCAUAUCGACCA